AUGGCGGAGGACAGCGAGUCCGCGGCCAGCCAGCAGAGCCUAGAGCUGGACGACCAGGACACGUGCGGGAUCGACGGGGACAAUGAGGAAGAGACGGAGCACGCCAAAGGAAGUCCUGGAGGGGAUUUGGGUGCCAAAAAGAAAAAGAAGAAACAGAAGAGAAAAAAGGAGAAACCAAAUUCUGGAGGCACCAAGUCAGACUCGGCAUCCGAUUCCCAGGAGAUUAAGAUUCAGCCGCCUUCAAAAAACCCCAUCCCCAUGCAGAAGUUGCAGGACAUCCAGAGAGCAAUGGAGCUGCUGUCUGCGUGCCAGGGCCCCGCCAGGAACGCCCAGGAGGCUGCCAGACACAGGUUCCAGUUUUGGGACACACAGCCGGUGCCCAAGCUCAAUGAAGUAAUAACAUCUCAUGGCGCAAUUGAAGCUGAUAAAGAAAACGUGCGUCAGGAACCAUACUCCCUGCCGCAGGGUUUUAUGUGGGACACUUUAGACUUGGGUAACGCCGAAGUGCUCCGGGAGCUGUACACCUUGUUGAAUGAGAAUUACGUCGAGGAUGAUGACAACAUGUUCCGGUUUGACUAUUCACCCGAGUUCCUGCUGUGGGCUCUGCGUCCCCCAGGCUGGCUCCUUCAGUGGCACUGUGGCGUCAGGGUGUCUUCGAACAAAAAACUGGUGGGAUUCAUCAGUGCCAUCCCUGCAAACAUUCGGAUCUAUGACAGUGUGAAGAAGAUGGUCGAAAUCAACUUUCUUUGUGUUCAUAAGAAAUUGAGAUCAAAACGAGUAGCCCCCGUGCUGAUUCGAGAAAUAACCAGAAGAGUGAACCUGGAAGGGGUUUUCCAGGCCGUUUACACUGCCGGAGUGGUUCUUCCAAAGCCAGUGGCCACGUGCAGAUACUGGCAUCGAUCACUAAACCCCAGAAAACUGGUAGAAGUGAAAUUUUCUCACCUGAGUAGAAAUAUGACUUUGCAGAGAACCAUGAAGCUGUACAGACUUCCAGAUGUUACAAAAACUUCAGGCUUGAGGCCAAUGGAACCAAGAGAUAUCAAAGCUGUUCAAGAACUAACUAACACAUACCUGAAGCAGUUUCAUCUAGCCCCGGUGAUGGAUGAAGAGGAAGUAGCCCACUGGUUCCUCCCUCAAGAGCACAUCAUUGACACUUUUGUAGUGGAGAACUCCAGUGGUAAACUAACUGACUUCCUGAGCUUCUACACACUCCCCUCCACAGUCAUGCACCACCCGGCUCACAAGAGCCUCAAAGCUGCCUACUCCUUCUACAACAUCCACACGGAGACACCCCUGCUGGACCUCAUGAGCGACGCGCUGGUCAUCGCCAAGCUGAAAGGAUUUGAUGUAUUCAAUGCACUAGAUUUGAUGGAAAAUAAGACAUUCUUGGAAAAACUCAAGUUUGGCAUAGGCGAUGGCAAUUUACAGUAUUACUUGUACAACUGGAGGUGUCCAGGGACAGAGUCUGAAAAGGUUGGACUCGUAUUACAGUAG